AUGUACGCUUCAAGUUCGAGGAUAUUGGCCAAUGCAAGUCUGAGGGUUUCUUCGCGGUCGAUCUCCACUUCCUCACCAUCGUUAGCAAGGAGAGAAACUUUUGUUGAACUCUUACAGGAUGUACCUGGAUUAGGUCGAACAUUCGACCGCCUAUUCGUCGCUCCUGGUCGAGCUCGAAAUGAUCUCGUCCCAACUCGAAAAGCUCGAUUCGUUCCUUUCAAGGAUAAUUCGCAGAGACAGAUCUAUCGAGCUACUGAAGCAGAUCGUAAAUCAUCUUCUACACUCCUAAUCGAAUCCACCACCUCCUCUUCCGGUCUCUCAUCCUCCCAGGAAGAAAGUAACAUCACCCCACAAGAGAUAUUAAAUCAACUUCAUUUGAUACCAUCCACACUCACGUUCAAAAGACGUACCAUUUCACCUGAUUAUCCCUCUUUGCAUGGUUCCCUAACCCUCUCGGAUAUUCAAGAACGACUCGAUUCGACGUACGGUCUGAGCUCGGGGGACGUCUCGGUCAACUGGGUAGAUAGACAGGAUGGUUCGAGAAUGAAGGAAUUGGAUAGUUGGAAGGCUAUCGUGGGGUUGAAAAAGGGUGGGAAGGAGGGGACAGAGGUGGUAAUUAGGGUUGUAAGAUUGGAGGAAGGUGAGGGUGAAGAGGAUUAA